AUGUCUGAUACGCAACAGAUCACCACCAAAGCCUACGUCGUCGCUGAGCGAGGCGGGCCCUUUGAACUUAGAGACAUUGUGCUCGACAAACUGCAUCCGACUGAAGUUUUGGUGGAAAUCAAAUACACCGGUCUAUGCCACACGGACCUCGUUGUUCAGCAGGGCGGCAUGCCGAUCGGGGGAUAUCCAGCCGUCCUCGGCCAUGAGGGACUUGGUGUUGUGCGACGCAUUGGAUCUAAUGUGUCUGACCAGUCUCUGAAACAAGGAGACACAGUUCUGCUCUCAUUCCACACCUGCCGGCAGUGCCGAGGGUGUCUCGAUGAGCGAUACGGUAGUUGUUCCCAAAUGACGGAAACCAAUUUUAUCAAUACCGGGCGCAAAGGUCCAGGGACAUCUUCGCCCAUCUCGUUACCCGAUGGCACACCGGUGCAUGGUCAGUUCUUUGGCCAAUCAUCCCUCAGCAAGCUAGCGCUUGUCAGUGAGAACUCAGUGGUCAAGAUAUCUGCAAAGCCCCAAGACCUGAGCUACCUCCCUCCUUUGGCAUGUGGCUACCUGACCGGAGCAGGGACAGUUCUCAAUGUCCUCCGGCCCCGCGGGGACAGCAAACUCGUUGUCCUGGGCAUGGGAGCAGUUGGACUCGCUGCCAUGCUGGCGGCCAAAGCGCUCGGAGUGGAGCAUCUUGUGGCUGUCGAUCUUGUUGACGAAAAACUUCAGCUCGCGUCGUCGCUAGGAGCGACCCAAACUAUCAACACAAGUACGGCCCAGGACCUCAAUUCUGCAGUCAGAGACAGGUUUCCAAACGGGGUCGAUUACAUCAUCGACACGACAGGAGCGGCGAAACUUUUGCAGGCGUCUGUCGAGGCUCUAUCUCACGAAGGGACCCUCGCUCUGGUGGGUGUCCCGCCACCAACGGCGACUUUCCAGGUCAAUGCCCUAGACCUCUUAUUGUCGUGCAAGCGCAUUGUGGGAGUUAUUGAAGGCUUUUCCAACCCUCAGAAAUUAAUCCCGGAGCUCCUCGAGCUGUACUACAGCGGUAAAUUCCCUAUCGACAAAAUUUCAAAGUGCUACCCCGCGGAAGAUUUGCACCAGGCCAUAGAAGAUCUCAAGGCGGGACGGGUUAUCAAGCCGGUGGUAUCAUGGCACAACAUUCACUAA